UAUGUUGCAAUUGGAAAUUUACUAUGCAAAAAUUACAUAAGUGAGCAUUGAAUUAGUGCAAAAAAAAUUAUAUUAUACAUUUAAUGUCAGCAAUCACUGACAUCAAUGUUAUGACAAAAGUAGACAAAUUUUAUUGCCUCGACUGUAAGGUUUUACAACAUUACACAGUUGUUUAUUCAAUUAUGUUUAAUUAUUGUUUCAUUCAAUUUCGUCUCAUUUACUGCAUUACAGCUUAUUACUAAUGAAAAUAUGUACAAUCUCAAUAGCGUGUAAUUUUUGAUCUUUCUUUUUUCAUCUGACUCUCGCACCGAUAAGAUUGCCUAGUUAUAUAAAAAAAAGGAAAAAUCUGAUAUACAAGUUUAAAAUAUAACCUUAAUUUUGAAGAAUCCAUCUCAUAUUAAGUGAGAUAAAUAUUUUAUAAAGAUUAAAUUAUAUUUCUAAUUAAUUGUGGUAAACCCAGUAGAAAUCUGGGUUUUAAUAAUUGAUACACAAUUACUCGGACAACAUUUCUUUAAAAAAAAAAACGCAAAACUGUGUAAAAUCUCAGAAAACAUCAUCGAAAUGUGGUCCGAAACUAAUGAUGAUUAAGACGAAUGUGCAUUACAACCUUACGUAAUCAUAACCUCAACAAAAUUGCUUAAUUACCUCAUUAGCUGUAUGUACAAUAAUCUCUGGCAUUUUAAGAAGAAAAAACUCCUUGAUAUGGUGGAAUUAUUUACAACCAAUAAACUAUUGGAAUAAAGUUUUCAGCCUUUACCAGAAGAUUCUAAUUAAAGCAUAUGCCAGGCCCUCGUUUUAUUGAUUAUCGACAUCGUUUGGUUAAAAAAACCAACAUUAAUUAUCCAAUACAUUCAACAGUUAUCACCAUUCAAUUACUACAAUAAAAUUGUUCGCUGAUAUAUAAAUUUGUCCAUUUGUCCAUUUGCUAAGGUAUCACACUGUAGUUGAGAAACAACGUGAAAUAUUAAAGCAAUGACGUCAUCAACCAAUAAUGAUAUUGGAAAUUCAUCAAUAAGUACACUCUCUCUCUCUCAUCACUAACAUAACAUUAAACAAAAAUACAUUUUAAACUUAACAGAAUUAUUAUAUUAACACUAAAUGAUAUUUAUUAUUUAACAGUAUGCUAAAUAUAACAUUAACAAUUGUAAGUAACUAAGUUUAUCUCUGUUACAGAACAAACAAAAGCUUAGUUUCUCUUAAUUUUAUAUCUUUGUUAUUGUUACAAGUAUUUUACAUAGAAAAUGAAAUAAGCAACAAUUACAUACAUUAUUUACAUGUAAACUCCAUAAAUACCGUAAAAUACUUGUACAAUAUGCUAAUUUAAUUAAAAUAUUUGAAUAAAAUUUUAACAUUUAUUCGAAUUAUUAAUAUUUGAAUGUAGAAAAUAUAGAUUUAAUUUAGCAUGUUUAAAUUAUUGUAUAUUAUUUUCUUGUUUUGAAAACAUAUUAAUCAAAUUCUGAAUUGCAGAUUGUAAAUAAGUGGAUGUAUUUGAGCUCAAAUCGUCGAUGUAAUCUCCAAAAACCAAAAUCAAAUAUGGGUAAACUAUUGUAAACAAAACCGUAAGUCAGUAAUAUACAAUAUAUGAAUUAAACAUGCAAUCGAGUUAUUUUAAAAAUUUAGUAAUUUAAAAAAAAAAAAAAAAAAAAAAAAUUAAAAUAUCAUUUAAAUUUUUAUACAAAAUUAUUUUUUUAAAUUUAAAUAUUUGAUUAAUAUUAAAUUUCUAUGAAAUAUCGAAUAUUCAUACUUUUAGUGAUAAUUUUAUUUACCAUUAGUGAGAAUAAAUAAGAAUUGUGAAAAUAAAUAAGUUUGAGUAAGAGAAUUAUUGGGAAAUGUUCACGACAGUAUUGUUAAACCGAAUGGUAGGUUAGAUAUGUAAAUUUCUAUACGGGAAGAUACAAAGCUAUAAAUUUUCUUGAACACUGAUGUAUCUGAGCGACAGAUGGGUGGGUUUUGAAAACAAUAGUGUUCAAUGUGAUACUAACACCGAUCACAAAACUAUCCAUAGUAUACAUAGGUAUCAACUACAGCAUGUCCUUAAUUAACACAUAGAGCGAGGCAAAUCUUGGAAUGAAUUGUUUUAGUUUCUGUUGUGUUGCAUAAUGGUGUUUGGAAUGAUCAAGAACCCUCCCCGUUCCGGCGAGUUAAGCCCAUUCAAGCAUUCCAAGUGCGAUCAUACUCUCACCUUAGAAAUCAUUGUUAUGCCAAUAGUUUUUUCUUUUGAAACUCAAAGAAUUGCAACAAAAUAGAAUGGCGCCCAACGCGAUUGGCAAAUUGUCAUUAUCGCAAGUUUUAUUUCAGUAAAUUAGUCCUUAACUGAUUUAUUUUAGAUUAUUUCAGUUAAGAUUGCAAUUUAAUUUUAUUUCCCUUUUAAACUUUAUACGAAAAUACGAGUCUACUAUUAUUAAAGUAGCCAAAUUUGCAUUGAUAAAGUUAUUGUUAAUAAGGAUGAAAAGAAUACUAUAUAUCAUUAUCAAAGUAAGUCAUUUAGCUAAGUGUUUUAAAUACGAGUUAAAUUUGCGACUUUGAUUUGGUAUAUUGGUUUGUUGUUAGUAUGUAUGAGUCAUAAGAUCUUAUUGAUAUAGAUUAUCAAAUCUUAUUUGCAAUACAGAACUAAUUUCAAACGUAUUCAAUAUUUAUUUUUAUACUAUGGGCUAGGAAUAUUUGUAUUUACUUACUAUUCGUGUUUUAAUACUCAAGUCAACAUUUCCUAAUUUGUAAGAUAAAUUGUAUUUUAAAAAUUAAUAAUUAACUAGAGUAGUUUUUUGAUAGGAAAUGUCAAAAAGAAAAGGAAAAAUUAGAAAAGAAACAGAAUUAGACGAUCCAGCAAAUAGUGAUUCUCAGAUUAAUUACACCUUUGAAGACGAUUCAGAAAAUCCUUUUACGCCUAGACCUCGUUUAGGAAAAAGCCCAAUUGUCACUAGAUCACGUACUAUAGCACAAAAUAAGAAUUUGAGAAUACCCGUUGUCAAUAUGGCAGAGGCAGAGGAUAAUCAUAAUUUACCUUUUGGCACAGGAGACGCAAAUAUUUCACGUCCUGUUGAGGAAGUUAGGUUAGAAGAUUUGACUUUACGUUUAGAACGUGUCUUGACCUUGAACCACAAUGUUUUCAUGAACGAAUUAUCCAGUUUACGACAGACCUUAGUUGAGAAUUUGGGAGGUGGCAAUCAACGACAUAAUACUUCCAACAAUGCCCACCAAACCCCAAAUAACAAUCAAAGACCUGCUAAUGAUUCUUUUCAAAAUCGUUCUUUAAAUUCUGAUUCUGGUAGAAGUUCUUCUUCUAAUAUAUCCAUACGUAUUGAUAAGUGGAAUAUAUCUUACGAUGGAUCCCAGGAUAUCAAUGAUUUUCUUUUCAAAGUCGAUACCCUUAGGGAGCAAUAUAACGUCACAGAAGAACAAGUGGUAACAGGUUUUCAUACCUUUUUAAAGGGAAAAGCUGAAACCUGGUUUUGGUCGUUUUUAAAACUGAAUAGGAAUGCAACGUAUAGUCAAUUAAAAUUAGCUCUCAUUAGACAAUUUGGUAAAGUAGAAAACGAUUGUGACAGAAUUGUAAGGAUGAUUGAGAGGAGACAGAUGUCCAAAGAAACAUUCGAUGACUACUUUACAGAAAUGUUAAAUAUGAAUUCAAGGCUAUCACAACCUAUGAGUGAUAACAAAAUGAUCGAUCUCAUUAAGAAUAAUGUGAAAGAAUCAUUAGCAUCCUUAUUAUUCUCAUACGAUCUAUUCAGCUUGGAACACUUAAGGGACGCAGCUAGAAAAGCUGAACAAUUCUUGGCUAAACAACAGCAGAUAAGAAGUCAGAGAAGAUUCGUGUCGGAAAUUGAUAAUAGGGAAGAUAAGGAAGAAAUAGAUUAUGAAACGAGUGAGGUAGCGGCCUUACAAUAUGGUCAAUUUAAAAACAGAAAUAGAAAAGAAAUAGACACAAGUAAAUUCAAAUGCUGGAAUUGUGACCAAAUUGGUCACUCCUUUUAUGAUUGCCCUUCUGAAAAAAGGAACCUUUUUUGUUUUAAGUGUGGCGAGAAAAACGUUUCAACACCACAAUGUAGUAAACACCCGAAAAACCGAGACAGGAGCGAGUAA